CCCAGUCUAUUCAAAACUCCCUCUUCCCUGCCUCACGCUCUUCAGUUCUACCUUCUAUUCUCUCCGCUCUCAUCAUCUCCGCGAAGCAUCAUACCGCCUGGGGCCCCCUUACGGCCAGCUCCGCUCCCCGCUCCUUUCUUGCUGUUUUACCGCCUUCUCGUCUCCGUUCCCCCACCAAUCGCUCGCACUAAACGACUUUUCCCCCCAAAGGCGUAAGAAAAUCUCGAAAAAAUUGAGAAAAAUAGAUAGAGAGAAGAAGAAGACGAGACCGAACCCUAAAUCUUGGUCUCCCAACCGUCCUACUUCGCGGGAAUUCCGUUUCCACUCCGAGCUUUCGCUGAGAUGAGUUGAUGGGUUGCACCUUUGGCAAGGACUCUUCCCCCGCCCCCUCCUCCGCGUCCCUCCGGCGGGAGAAGGCCCGGGCCUCCGGCCGCAAGUCUCAGGCGGCCCUGUCCAAUAUCGAGACCGUCGUCACCCGGGCGGAGGAGCAGGAGCGCCCGGACGAGAGCGGAGAACGGCCACACCGGCGGCGGCGGCGGCGGGCGGACCCGAGGCUGGGCAAUCCCCCGGGGCAUGUCCAUGGCGAGCAGGUUGCCGCCGGGUGGCCUUCAUGGCUCUCCGCUGUCGCUGGGGAGGCCAUCAAAGGGUGGACACCUCGCCGGGCAAACACCUUUGAGAAGCUCGCUAAGAUUGGGCAAGGGACUUAUAGUAACGUUUACAAGGCUAGAGACACCUUGUCGGGUAAAAUCGUGGCCUUGAAGAAGGUCCGGUUCGAUAAUUUGGAGCCGGAGAGCGUGAAAUUUAUGGCUAGAGAGAUUCUCAUACUGCGACGGUUGGAUCACCCCAAUGUAGUGAAGUUGGAGGGUUUAGCGACAUCCAGGAUGGCUUGUAGUUUGUAUCUAGUGUUCGAGUACAUGGAGCAUGACCUCGCUGGUCUAGCUGCCAGCCCUGGAAUCAAGUUCACAGAACCUCAGGUAAAGUGUUAUAUGCAUCAGUUGCUCUCGGGGCUCGAGCAUUGUCACAAUAGUGGUGUGCUGCACCGUGAUAUUAAGGGAUCAAAUCUCCUUAUUGAUAAUGGUGGGAUACUCAAGAUUGCAGACUUUGGCUUGGCUACUACCUUUGAUCCUAACCACAAGCAUCCUAUGACUAGCCGGGUGGUCACACUUUGGUAUAGGGCCCCAGAGCUUCUGUUGGGUGCUACUGAUUAUGGUGUGGGUGUAGACCUCUGGAGUGCAGGCUGCAUUCUAGCGGAGUUAUUGGCUGGGAGGCCUAUAAUGCCAGGGCGAACUGAGGUUGAACAGCUACAUAAGAUUUUCAAGCUGUGUGGCUCCCCUUCAGAAGAAUACUGGAAGAAGUCAAAGUUGCCACAUGCUUCAAGUUUUAAAAACCAACAGCGAUAUAAACGUCGUAUAAAAGAGGCAUUUAAAGAUUUUCCACCAUCAUCAUUAGCAUUGAUCGAAACUCUUCUUGCAAUUGACCCAGCUGAACGUCAAACUGCCACUGCUGCAUUAAGAAGUGAGUUCUUCACAACCGAGCCUUAUGCAUGUGAACCUUCAAGCCUGCCCAAAUAUCCUCCAAGCAAAGAGAUGGAUGCUAAGCUAAGGGAGGAAGAAGCUAGAAGGUUAAGGGCUGCCAGAAGGGUCAAUGCUGAUGGAGUUAAGAAGACGCGUGCACGUGAUCGAGCUGCUAAGGCAGUUCCUGUGCCAGAGGCUAAUGCUGAAUUCCAUGCACACCUUGAUAGAUGGCGCCUGAUCACACAUGCAAAUGCAAAGAGCAAGAGUGAAAAGUUCCCUCCACCACAUCAAGAUGGAGCAAUUGGUUACCUGUUAGGUUCUCCGCAUCAUGUGGAUGCUGUCUUUGAUCCCCUAGAAGCUCCGUUCAGCACAGUGAUCCCCUACCAGAAAGGAGAUAUAACAACAUGGUCCGGACCAUUGGUCAACCCGGCUGCUGCUGGCCAUCCCAGACGAAAGAAACAGAGUGCAGGAGAUACCCAUAUACCUGCUUACUCAAAACAGCUUGCUGGCGCCAAUGGCUCUAAGGAAAUGCAGAAGGAUAAGGGAAGUACUCGUGUCAGAUACAAUCGAUGCCAAAUAGAAUCUUAGUUUCCUGAGGCGCAACAUCUGUUUAAUGUUCCUUCGGUGGUCGGAAAGCCUGUUUAUUGGAUGAAGGGGUAAAAGUUCUUCCCCCCCCCACCCCCACCUCUCAAAAAAAAAGGAAAGAAUAAACACACCCCCACCUUCAUUGUUUCCUAUUCCUGUUCAAUUUUUUGGAUGGUUAGUCUUGGUAUAUAGGGCUGGAGAGAAUCUUCCAUUACCACAUAUAUUUCAAUUUUUUCUUUUUCCAAAUUUUUUUCUUCACGUAUUGAAAAAUGAAUGCUGGCCAGGUUAUUUGAGUAAAAUAAAUAUUAUGGAAUCA